AUGGUUCAUCAUCACCGUAAAAGAUCUCCAGACUCCAUCAAAGACGAAGAAUCACAGCUUCAUCUCAUGGACUGUGCAACCUCUGUUUAUUACAAGAGAACAAAGCCUAAGCUUCUGUCUUUUCUCUUCCUCAUCACCUUUCUCUCCUGUUGCUAUGUCUUCGCACCUUUCUUCCUUGGACCUUCUUUUUAUCUAUCUCUUCUAUACUCUAAUGGACCUGAAAACGAUGCCAACCAACACGGUGUUGAUGUGAAAGCUUCUACUUGUUCUUCCGUUUCUACCGGAACUAUAUGUUGCGAUAGAACUGGUUAUCGUUCGGAUAUCUGUGUGAUGAAAGGUGAUAUAAGAACAGAUUCUUCUUCCUCUUCAAUCUUCCUCUACAACUCAAUAAACAAGAAUAAUGUUUCAAGGACCGUUAAUGGAAGAAAAGUUGAAAACGAAGAGGAACAAGUUCUUCAACAAGAGAAGAUAAAGCCAUAUACUAGAAAAUGGGAGACAAGUGUGAUGGACACAAUUGAUGAAUUGAAUCUUAUCUCAAAGAAAGUAAAUUCGCGGAGAGUUCGAAAAUGUGAUGUUCAUCACGAUGUUCCGGCAGUGUUCUUCUCUAAUGGAGGAUACACUGGUAACGUUUAUCACGAAUUCAACGACGGAAUCAUACCUUUGUAUAUCACUUCACAGCGUUUCAACAAGAAGGUUGUGUUUGUGAUACUUGAGUAUCAUAGUUGGUGGAUUAUGAAAUACGGCGACAUCCUUUCUCAUCUAUCGGAGUUUCCUCCGAUUGAUUUUAGCGAAGAUAACCGGACUCAUUGUUUCAAUGAAGCGAUUGUUGGUCUCAAAAUCCACGACGAGCUAGCCGUGGAUUCCUCAUUGAUGGAGGGUAACAAAAGCAUUGUUGAUUUCAGAAAGCUUUUGGAUAAAGCUUAUUCGCCGCGGAUUAAAGGACUGUUGCGCGAAGAGGAAAGGGAACAACAACAAAAUUCCUUAUCUCCAUCGUCGCGAUCAGACUCAGAAACCUCACAAGGAGUGCUAGAAAUUGUGCGAAAGAAACCAAAGUUAGUUAUCAUCUCUAGAAGUGGUUCAAGAGCUAUAACUAAUGAGAAUUUGCUAGUGAAAAUGGCUGAAGAAAUUGGAUUUCAUGUUGCGGUUUUAAAGCCUAAAAAAACUUCGGAAUUGGCCAAGAUUUAUAAAGUACUUAAUGAAAGUGAUGUGAUGAUUGGUGUUCAUGGAGCAGCAAUGACACAUUUUAUGUUCAUGAAACCUAAAUCUGUGUUCAUUCAAGUUGUUCCUCUUGGUACUAAUUGGGCUGCAGAUACCUAUUAUGGUGAACCUGCAAGAAAACUUGGUUUGAAAUACAUAGGAUAUGAAAUUCACCCUAAAGAAAGCUCUUUAUAUGAUAAAUAUGAUAAAAAUGAUCCUAUUUUGAGUGACCCUGAUAGCAUUACAAACAAAGGGUGGGAAUAUACAAAGAAGAUUUAUCUUGAUAGCCAAAAUGUUAAAUUGGACCUUAGAAGAUUCAGAAAAAGGUUGCAUAGAGCUUAUGAGUACACAGUUUUGAGAUUGAAUUUGAAUCUUCAACACCAAGCACAGUGA